UUUCUCUUUAGUAGCUGCACCAUGUACCUAACAUGAAUAAUUGUGGCAUACUUCUUUAUUUAUAAACCAAGCAGAUGGAGGAGAUAGCCCAUUAUGAGUGAUCAAUUGAGUGAUCAAUCCUGCAGCAAUGGGUCGAGCAUCAGCCUCAUCGGUGAAGCCCCUAAGCCCAUUAUGAGUGAACGCGUAGAUGAAGAGAGUGAUCAAUCCUACAGCAAUGGCUCUAGCAUAAGCCUCAUGGCUGAGGCCGCUACUGAGCCUGCAACUUCGAUUGAAGCAUCAAGCAGUGCUGCCUCCAGCCCCAGCCCCGUCUGUGGAGGUCCCAGCCAGCCGGGGAGUGAGAGCAUGAGCCUGGAGAUCUCGAGCGGAGAGGACGACAUCAUGGUGUCCUCCAGCCCCAGCCCUGACGGUGCCGGCCCCAGCCAGAAGGUAAUUCAUCCUCCAUCAAACAGAUGGGGAGGGGUUCCACCUUUGAAGCCCUGGACAAGCCCUGAACUGCUAACUGAAAUGCUUGAUAGCGACUCCAGCCAUGAUCGGAGUGUGAUCCCCAAGUCUGGCGCCUGUUUGGGAGAUGGCAAAGGCCUGACUGAUGUUGAUGACGAUGAUGAUGACUUCUGGAAAAUGAUCAGAGAACUUAAGGUGGCCAUCGCUGGAAAGUCUGAGCUUAACCAAGACCUCGAGGACAAUGACGACUCCUAUUUGAAGGACGAUAAAAGCCUGCUUGAGGCCUUCCGUGUAACUCGACCGAGGAGACGCCCAGUGACGAAGUUCGCACAGGUGCUGCCAGCGUGUGAGGAGAUGCCAGAGGAGGACCAGGAGACCUCAGGGGUAACUCCACAGGACUCAGAGCAGAGCCUAGAGAUUCACCUGGAGCCAGAACCACCCCACCAGGACUCAACGCCCGCCCAGAGCAUCCACACGCCUGAUGGUUCCUCCAGCUCAUCUCAGCAAGAGCAGCAGACACCCGCCCAGCAGCUGCUGCUGCUGCAGGACCAGGCUGUUGAUGAGGAGGAGGAGGCAGCCGGGGGACGUGGUGGAAGAUGGUCCAGCGUGAAGGAGUUCUGCACUCCCCUGAGGCGCCUUUCAAAGAACCUCCGGCGGCUGCUGGGGAGGAACAGGAGAAAGGUGGAGCCCCUGAACAUGGCUGUGACCCAGGACAUCGGGCAGCAGGCGAGGGGCCUGGCAACCAGGAGCCAGAGGCAGAACGCACCCAGGAGGACAGGCCUGAGGAGGAUCCUCUCCUGUGUGUGCUGCUGCUGCAAAUGAAGGCGAAGAAGGGGAGGG